AUGAAGUAGGGAUAUAAGUUAGAAGACAAAUGCCUAAGAAAUGAAAUCCUAAUCUUAUUAAAUUAUCUGAUGAGAGAUGAGAAGGCUUUACUAUAUUUUGUUGAUAAGCCUCAAGCUCAUUCAAUUUAAUAGUAGACCAAUUUCUUAGAAGUCUUACUGUUCUAUGCCACAAUUGAUGAAGUCACAUUCUACAAUGAACCAAUCAGAACUAACUAGUUAAAAGCAUUCUUUGGUACCACUAGUGAAGACUUAGAAUUUAAGAAGUUGAUUUGGAGUGGAAUUUUGACAGCUGUAUAAUCAGGCAACUAAGCGGUAUUAGAAGCUGUUAAGGAGUCUCCUUUCAUUAUCACUUUAUUAUUAUACAUAGAUCCUCUUGCGAAUAGUUAUGCUGUUAAUAGAUGGUCUCCUCCAUAGAAAAAAGAGAUAUAAUUACAUUGUUUAGGAAUAUUGGGAAAUGCAAUUGUAUAUUUAAAAGAUGAUUUUUAUGAAAAGAAUGGUCUGUUUUGUCUAACCAAGUUUCUCACUAACACUCAAGAAUUGGAUCACAAGGAAAGAUGUUUAAAGGCCUUUAAUAAUGCUUCAGAAUUUGAAUAGAAUUAUAAGAUCAAGAUUUGUGAUGAAGGUGUGAUGGAUAAUCUUAUUGAAUUCUUGUAAAAUGAAAAUGACAAUGAUAAUCCAUUAAAAAUAAAGGAACUGUGUUUCUCUAUUAUUUCCAAUUUGUGUAAAGAAUGCAAUAAAAAUAAGAAGUUAUUUAGAUAAAAGGGUGCUGUUGAAUUAAUGGUUAAUGCAUUAAAGAAUCCUAAUUUAGGUACAAGUGCAAGAUAUGCUCUCUAUGCAGUCAGUGUUCUUGAUUGCUUAUGGAACACUAUUCUAGGCAAUAGAAAAUCUGAAGCUAUCUUUUUAGAUUCUGAAGGACUCUAUGUACUAUUAGAAUUCUUGGAAACCUGCGAUGAUAUGCAUAAGAAACUUACUCUGUCUUGCUUAAGUUAUUUGAUGGAAAAUCCUAAGGCUAUUCCAUACUUUUGUGAUUGGAAUUCUCCAAAAACAAUGAUCAACAGUACUUAGUUACUGGUCAAGAUUUAUGUUGCGGAGGAUCAGAGAUUUGGAGUUAAGUAUUCUGACGGCAUUGUCACUAACAAACUCAGACCACUGAAUCCACAAAAUGAUCCAAGUCUUAGAUCACCCAAUCAAUAGGGAGAUCAUAAAACAAAACAUAUGAAAUCUCUUAGAAUUCAACAGGAGGAUUUGGAAUCAGAUGUUGGCAGCGAAGCAUAUUUGGUAAGAAGAAUAACCGAAAAAUCAGCUGAAUAUGAUUUAAGAGCAAUUGUAUUUGCUAUAUUGUAUAGAACAGGAUUUGAUAAGAAUGAAUUGCUACCAAAUGAGAAAUAGAUGGUAGAAGUUAUACAACUAUAUCCUCAUUUUAAAAUAGGAGAAAUCUGGAGAGAAAUCAAAUAUGAUCUAGAAUAGGAUAAAAUUAAACCUACCUCAGAUGAUUACCAUUGGCUUAUGACAUCAAUUGAAGAAUCAGAAGAACUAGUCAUGAACUGCAUGAAUACUUAAGGACUUAUUGCAAGAGAGUUCAGAAAAGUAUAAGAAGAAGAACUAACCAAAUUCUACGAUAUUAUAAGAAGUAAUAAAUUAACUAAAUGA